AUGACCAGCUUCGCCGAGAGAAGGUUCCGGAAGGGGCGGGGCAAACGGCACCCCUGCCCUGCCCCAGCGCUGGGGGCCCCGGCGGGAGCGGAGGAGCCGGGCCCCGGGGAGACGGAGGAGCAGACGGGGCUCCGCAGGCGGCUGGAGGCCAAGCGCAGGGAGAUCCUGGCUCAGAUCCGGGCCGUGGAGGAAAUGGCCGCCAGCCACAGGCAGAGGCUGGGGCAGGAGGCGUUUGCUCUGCUGGCUGGGGCUGCGGAGGGGGGCCGGGAGGACAGGGAGGUUCCCGGCGAGCCCCCCGCAAACGGGCACCGGGUGUGGCCGGAGUGGGGGCUGCGGAGCGAGGCCCGGGGCGACCCCGAAGCGGGGGAGGGGGCCGGUUUGGAGGAGUUGAACCGGAGCCUGAAUGUGGUGCAGUCGGAGCUGGAGGGGCUGAGCCGGGGGUCCCCCGAGCUCCGACCAGACCCCGGGGGACGGGAGACCCCCAAACCAACACCAAGCGCAGCCGCGGACACGGUAGCACACAGACGAGCGCUCUUCAUCCUCAAGCAGCAGCAGCGGAGCGAGGGGGCCAGGCUCCGGCGGGAACAGCAAGAGAGCGACCAGGAACGCCAGCGGGAACAGGCUCGACGGAGAGCCAGAGAGAUCCGGCUCAGGAAGGAGGAGGCUGUGGUCGUGCGUCAGAGGCCGGGCACCGACUCAGGACUGUCCAAGUCCGGACUGAAAGCAAGAACAAUUCCACACACCCAGGUCUGUGAGGAUGGAUUCCCGGCAGACGAGGAGCAGCAGCCAGAGGCUGCGUCCACCAUGUCCAGGACCCUGAUCCUGAGCAAUACUCCCACUGCGGAGAAGGACAGACACCCAGCCACAGAGUCACCAGGUCUGCGGAUGUUUAAGGAGCCCAGCGCCAAAUCCAACCGGCUCAUUCUGCACAACGCCUUGAACCACUGCUGUCUGGCCGGCAAAGCUAAUGAGUCUCAGAGAAGCAUCAUGAUCGAGGAGCUGGAGAAGUGUGGGCUGAACCAGUGCGUGAUUCUGUUCCGUGACCACCAGUGCCAGUUCCGGGCCCUCUAUUCCUAUUGCCCCGAGAUGGAGGAGAUCCACAAACUGGCCGGCUCAGGGCCACGCAGCAUCCAGAAGAAAAUGAUCGAGAACCUGUACAAGUACAACUCCGAUCGCAAACAGUUCCAACCCAUCCCCUCCAAGACAAUGUCUGCCAACGUGGACGCCCUGACAAUCCAGGGCCACCUCUGGCAGCUCAGAAAGAAACCUGUCGGCACGCUCCAGAAAUAAUCCUAAUAUCCCUUACUAACCCUUGCAUUUGACCCUUGCGCCUUAUCCCUCAAUUCCCAAUUGUCUGUGGGACGCUGCUGCGUUUCGCCCGCAGAAUACA